CCCCCCCGCUGUUUUAGCCGCCUUUUCUUCCUCCAUCUCAUCCGCCCCAUUUUCCGCCGGGACCAUGGGAGACGUUCUGCUCAUCUCGGGACCGGACAGCUGUCUUAUCACCUUCUCAGAUGCCCAGGCUGGUGAGGCCAACGACCGGAACCCCCUUGUCGGUGUCACCGGUUUCCCGGAGUAUUUCUCCAUCUCGGAUGUGGUCAAAUCCCUCUGGCUUUUCCGGAAUCACAUCGUGAACGCCUGGCUCCUGAUGUGCCAUGAGGACAGUCCCGAGGGCAAUGCUCUGCUGGUCCUCUUCGACCAAACUGAGCUGGCGCUGUCCUUUGUCCAUGCGCUCAACAAGCGGCCCUUAUGGUCACAAACGACCAGCCUCUGUCACAUUCGCUUUGUCUCCGACAUCGAGGUAAAUGCCCUGAGCUUGCGGGACUUCCCCUCGCGGCCGGGCAAGGAGGUGAUCGGCCUCCAGCAUCUAUCGGACUUUGCCCAGCAGGUCAUCUCGCUGAUGUGGCAAAAUGAGUCCUACAUCCAGCUCUCUGGCUCCUUUUGUCUUUUCUGCUUGGACCCCAUGAAGCCGGAUCUUGCCGGUGGCGGUCUCUUCACGCUGCCCUGUCAUCAUUGUUUCCACUUCCAGUGCUUGCUGAAGUGGGACAGUCCACAUUGCCCCUUGUGCCGAGAAUCGGUCCUGGCGUCCGAGCGGCGAUACCCGGCGCGGGAUGCCGCACUCCCUGGCGACGCCCCCGGUGCCCAGACACAGGCCACCGCUCCGAUUGCCAUGCCCCUGGCGCCCGUACUGGCAUCCACCAGCUCCCUGGAUGGACUUCCACGCUCGCUACUGGCCAAGAGUGAGCAUGAGGAGUCUGCAAGCACGGCAGCGGCGGCCGCAGCCAUGGCAGCGGCCACCUCUGCGGGGCGCCUGCCGCCUUCCCAGCCCGAGCAGCGCUGUUUCGAGUGCCACCGCCAAGAGUCGAACCAGGGCGGCUCCCCUCCCUCGACGCAGGCCGCCGCCUCCGCCCCCGGCCGCAAGCCCCCCCUACUGACGGAUACAUUGCGAGACCUGUCCGGGGAGGAUUUCUCCCCGGACUCCCUUUGGAUGUGUCUCAUUUGCGGGCAUAUCGGCUGUGGCCGGUAUGCCGGCCAUGGGGCGCACGCACAUGCGCACUUUAUCCAGACGGGCCAUCCCUUUGUUAUCGACAUCAGUUCCGCAUCGCGGCCCGUGUGGCAUUAUUCCGAAGACCGAUAUGUCCAUCGUCUGAUCACCAGCGCGGCGUCCGGGAAGUGCGUCGAAGUGGAGCCACCCUCGCCGCCGUCGAGCGACGGCUCCUCGCGGGGCACACACUCGAAGGCCGCCCCGAUGCCGAGUUCCCCAUCCCCGGAUGCCCCGUGCACCUGUUCUGCGGAGAAUUAUUGCCCGAAGGAGGGCCGGAUAGAGCUUUGUCUGGCAUGCUCAAGUCGUCCUCCGGAGCACUACUUUGGCGAUGUCCUCCUGUCGAACCUGGAUGCCUUGCAUGAGUCCUACCGUCAUCAAAUUGAGCAGAUGGAGGGCAAGUUCGUGGAAAUCUUGCAGGAAUCAACCGAACUGCAUCUCGAGAAAUUCCGCUCCAUGGAGGCCUCUCUGCAGGAGGAUCUGGCCCGAAGCCGAGCUCGAGAGGAGCGUCUUCGUCUGACGAUCCGAGAUCAUGAGCAGCGCUCUCUGGCCCAGCGAGAUGCCCUCAAGGAAAAGGAGCUCAUGCUGACUGGCCUACUGAGCAAUGCCGAGGAGAAUCAGCGGAAAAUUGCGGAGCGCGAUGCUCAGAUCGCCGAAUUGAAUGAGCAACUUCGUGACCUGAUGCUCUCGCUGGACUUCUCCUCGCAACUCCAGGGACUAAGCCAGGCAGCGGCCGCCGAGGCAAACGGGGCCCCGGUUGGCGAUCUGCUGGAGGGUGCCCAGAUCAUCCUCCGUGCGCCGGAUCCACUGGCAGCUCGAGCCUCAAAGCAAAAGCCUCCCAGCUCGGCCGGUGGAGCGAAGGCGCGCCGUCGUCGGUGACAGAAAAACCGGCCAGCCCGGGCCUUGGCCGGCGUCCGCCGUUGGGAUCCACCUCCCGGUGUACCUGCCCCACGUACGAUCGGGGCCGGGCGGCCCGAAUGGGGCGAGUGCGCGAAUUGGGAAACACCGAUCAAGCGCAUCACGCGCAAAUGUCUGGUCACAUGGUGCAUCUAAAUAUAAUUUAGUGUUGCUU